UGGCUGUGUCUAUGGAUUCAUUUGCACUGCCACAUACCGUUACUCGUAUGCUCGCACGAUAUGCACGUUCUGUCCGCUGCGCGACGACCGUAGCACGGCAAACUCCCAUUUCUGCCAGAUUCCAGUCCAACACACCUCGUAGAGAUGCUCCACCUGUCGAAUCAGAGCAUGUUUUCGCGAAGCCGACGCUGUUCGUUCUUGAUGUUGGAAAACGAACCCUCAAAUUCACCUUUGGAGGCUUGGUAAUUGUAGGAGUUGUCGCACUGGGCACCCAUGAAGCCUAUCAUCAAUGGAUAGAACGGGUGGAACUAGCACCGAGGGCAGAUGAUGACGAAGUUGGAAAAUGGGAAUGGGAUGCAGAGACUCCGGGGUGGUCGGGGGAUGCAGCCAAGGGAGGCACAGACCCUGGUCUUGGCAUGCAAGGGCGACACCUUGUUCGUGCAGCAUGGGCGUCGCAAACUUGGGCGCCAGCAGUGGGCAUCACUCCUGGUACUCAAGCCAAUCCCUCGAGUGGCCUGACAGACCUGUCUACGGUCGUCGACGCCCGUUUGUACUACGGCGAAAAGUACCUACGAGAGGCACUUGAUAUUGCAGAAAAGAAAGAAAGCAAACAAAAGCUUCAUCCGAACACCUUGCCCACACUAUUGACGCGUCACGCUACAGUUCUCGAAAAAAUGGGCAAGGACUCUUGGGCCAAAGCAAAAUCUCAGUACGGACGCGUCUGGGCCAGCAAACCGUCAGCAUCCGUAGCUCUGAAGAUUGGUGAUCUUUCCAAUCGACUGGGACAGACGGAAGAUGCUUUGGCUUGGUGGGCGCGCGCCAUUCAGUUGACUCAGAAGGAUCCCACCGCUUUGGUCGAUACAGCGAAGCCUGCAGUACCUACUGUCGCUUCUUCAUCUCCAUCAGCCCAGCGUGUUCUUUCCUCUGUACUUGUCUCCCUGUCUGCCUUCUACGCCACCAACCGAAACUUCCAAGAGGCGGAAGAAAUAGAAAAUAGUGCAUUAGACACACUUCGAUCUAUGACACAGCCAGAAUCUCCGCCCAUUUCCCCUUCUAAAUCACUCCACAUUUCGACUCUACUCCAACGGUCAUCUGUUCUCUCCGUCCAUCAGGCAGAGGUGCUGUAUGCACGAGGCAAGUCGCCGAAAGAAUCUAUUAAAUGGCUUUCAUCAGCGGCAGAGUCCUCCGAGAGUGUGCCUGCUUGUAUAGAUCAAGUUUCACCGGUAUACAAGCAGACCAAAACCCUGCAGGCCCCAGCAACGGACUUGCUACGAGACGCUCGCCGAACUGCUUCGGAGGCGUGGAACUUGAUGGGCAUUUUGAAAGAACAAAUAUCCGGUCGCGACCAGCAGUCCGCUCUCGAAUGUUACGACCGUGCUUUGCAUUGGGCAGGAAAGUUGAAUGACGCUGGUGAACGCAUUCCGGAUGUGAUAUUAUCUCGCGAGUGGAAAGUCAUCAUGGACAACUACACUCGACUAAAACGUGCCACCCAGCCCGAAAAUCAUACACCGUAAUACAGUUGACAUCAUCGACCUGAUUUUGCAUGUACCAUAUAGCUUGAAGUAACAGCGCUCUAUCGAUGUAUUAAUAUCAAACGUGAGGAGAAAUGUAUGUUUCGCUACAAUGACAACUAAAUAUACGCUACAUAUUAUUGAAUCCAACCAAAUGGUCCUGAAUAUCGACUAGCUGGGAUAAAGAUAUGAAUCCUCUAUGAUGUUUCGCGAACUAGGGCGACAACAACUGUUACAUCGUCAAGUUUCUGGAUUAUUAGGACACUCCGUGAGUAAGUGGGGACUGCCAGUAGCCAAUGAAACUUACUCCUCCCCGGAAGAACAUGCCUUGCCUGGCGGCUUCGCUCUCGAAAGGACUACGCCUACC